UCUGUCUCUUGUAUAAUGAAAGACUUCUAAAUUGGAGUCAUUCGACUUCCAUCAUCGUUCUCUGCAAAACAGAAAUCAUGUCUGUACUUGACUGGUCGUUAGUCUUCCUGCUGAUAACUUAGAACGACUCUGAAAGACGGUGUAAAUCCUCCGGCUGUGAUCGCUCACUGCCUCUCUGACGGCUGUUGCAGUGCAACGCCCACAACUCCAAAAGUAAUCGCCUAAAGAAAAUGCUUGCACCAAUUAUAAGUUUCUCCGUCGCUGGUAGUGAUUAAAGAGAAAGAGAGUUUCUACGCAUGUGCUUUCGUGAUGGUCGAAACUCGUCGAGCGUUGACUCGUGUCGAUGACGGUUGGAUCCUUUGACUUCCAUCACAGCUCUGUUUGCAUGGUCAUGGGAGAAUUGAUAUUGAAGAACGGAAACUUUGCGAAGACGGUGCAGUUGUCGGGUAAAUUUACAGAUUUCUCUGGGCACUUUUACAGCAUUGUGGAAUCCUCUACUUUCAAAAUUGAAAAACAUAAGUGAUGAUUCAAGCAGGGUGGUUCAUAGGAUAUGCAAGUGUUUAGAAGUUGCAACUUUCUUGUAGUUGGAAACGCAUAUUCUUUUCUAUGAGAGACACCAGUUACCUGGUUGUCCGAUGACACAAUACACCCUAUGUAUUAUCCAGUUGAGACCGCAAACAAUCCAUUCUAGAUAGCCGAGUGAGAUUUGGCUCAUCACCAAUUGUGGGAAAUCGCAAUGGCUGAAAGUUCUUUGUACUCUUUAAUGCAAAGGGUACUUGAGAUUUGCACUUUUAUAACCUCGAUUGGAGAUUUUAAGACCCAUAAAAAGGAGUGCUCCACCCUCAUCAGGCGUGUGAAGCUGCUUAUCCCACUAUUUGAGGAAGUCAGAGACUUGAAACUAACCAUUUCUGAAGAAGACUUAGCAUGCUUCAACGCCUUGGAGGCAGCUCUCAACAAUGCCAAGAUCUUACUGCUCUUGUGCAACACAGGAAGUAAACUUUAUCUGGUCUUGGAGCAACAAGAAGUGGCAAAGCAAUUUUUACUGCUGGCUGCAGCAUUUCGACAAGCAUUAAACAAGCCGCUUUCUCUUGACAUUUCAGAUGAAGUGAGAGAGCAGGUUGAUCUUGUGCGCAAUCAAUUUCAAAGAUCGAAGAGCCUGGAAGAUCCCCUUGACGCACAUUUGAAUAGUGAAUUACUUUCAGUAUUGAGUGAAACUCAUGACUGCUCGAAAGAUAAACUGAAGGGGUUGGCUGAUAUGUUCAAGUUUGACACGGCAAGAGCAUUGAUGAAAGAGUUACAAGCUUUAGAUGGGAUGAAGUUCUACAUGGGCUUACAUGAAGGUGUUCCAAGCUCCACAUGGGCUUUGGAUGGAAUUCCAAUCAAUGAGCGAGGAUUUGACCAGCUCUAUGCACUUCUGAAUGAUUUAAGAAGCCUCUUUCCUAGUGAAGAACUAGAGCAAGACGGUCCUGAAUUGAAAAAGCUGCAAAUAGCGCAGAGGGCUGGCGUGGAGAAGGCUAGCAUGCAACCUGCUUCUCCCGACGCAGGAAUAGACAAAGGAGUACUAAAUAUUCCAGAUGAUUUUAAGUGUCCUAUUUCUCUGGAUCUCAUGAGAGACCCUGUUAUUAUUGCGACUGGCCAGACAUUCGAGCGUUUAUGUAUCCAGAAAUGGCUGGAUAGUGGGAAAAAGACUUGUCCAAAAACAGGCUUGUCCCUACCCCAUACCCACUUGACACCCAAUCAUGUUCUUCGCAGUGUUAUCGCCGAAUGGUGUACACUAUAUGGUGUAGAAAUGCCCAAAAAACGAGCGAAGGGCUCUCAGUGCUCACCAGAAGACAAAGCUGCUAUCGACGAGCUUGUCAAAAAGUUAUCAAGUCCCUUAUCCGAGGUACAAAGGAAUGCUGCCUAUGACCUCCGUCUGCGGGCGAAGAAAAAUGUCGAUCACCGUAGCUUCAUUGCUGAACAAGGGGCCAUCCCUCUCUUGGUUAGAUUACUACAUUCACCUGACCAGAAGACUCAGGAACACUCUGUGACAGCGCUCUUAAAUUUGUCGAUCAACGAAAGCAACAAAGGACGGAUCAUGACUGCAGGUGCGAUAGAACCCAUCGUCGAGGUUUUGAAAAGCGGCUGCAUGGACGCCCGGGAAAACGCUGCAGCCACGCUCUUCAGCCUCUCCCUGGUGGAUGCAAACAAGGUCACAAUUGGAGGCUCCGGCGCUAUUCCUGCCCUGGUUGCACUACUUUAUGACGGAACAUCACGAGGCAAGAAGGACGCUGCAACUGCGCUGUUCAACCUCUCCAUCUUUCAGGGAAACAAAUCUCGCGCAGUGCAGGCUGGAGUGGUACCUCCUCUCAUGAAACUUCUCGAAGAGCAACCGGUUACCAUGCUGGAUGAAGCCUUGGCAAUCCUGGCUAUCUUGGCCACGCAUCCCGACGGCCGCUCCGUUAUCAGUGCAGUCGGACCCACCCCUAUAUGGCUGAAGAUCAUCCAGUCUGAGUCGCCACGAAACAAAGAGAACGCAGCUUCAAUCUUGUUGGCGUUAUGCUCGUACGAUCCUGAGUAUGCAAAGCAAGCGAGAGAGACGAAUGCUGCUGAGCUUUUGACUGCUUUAGCUACUUCACGGGAAGCUACAAACCGCGCCAAACGAAAGGCUACCGCACUGUUGGAUCUUCUGAAGAAGCAAGGGUAUGAGGAUGUCGACAGAAGGGUCGAGGGUCUGAACAUGUAGCACUAGCGAAAAUUGCUUCUUGUGCAUCGAGUACAAUGUUGACAACCUCCAGUAUGUAGGUUCGUGGCUAGCAAUCAGUUCAAAAGCAUAAAAUCAGUCAACAUGCCGUGUCCCUACAUGAUCAGAAAGCUCUGCAUGUCCAUAAUCAGCGGUCGUCUUGUAUGAGUUUUUGGUAGAGGACUUUAUCCUAUUGUAAACUUGUCUCUUGAACCAGGCACCUACGCCUCAUUAAUGGAUUCAGAUGAUGAAAUGCAAGGGACCACGUUGAGUUUGUUGGGA